AAAAAAGAAAUUGGGAAUAAAAAGAAACUUAUUAAGCUAUACGACUCGAUUCCAAUUUUUUUCCCACAUCAUAAUAAGUAACUAAUAGAAGACUCCACGUCAACUCUUUUUUUUUAUUUUCCCCUCUCUCUCUCUCUCCCUCACACACUCUCUCUGUUAUAAUAUUUCAACGAUAAAUACAGAGAGAGAGAGACUCUCUAAAGCUCGUCGUUGUCGUCAAUGGUGAAUCUCAAACCAAUUUGAUAAAAAACUCCAAAAAACACCACAAACACACAACAGCGACAAGAGCAAGAACGAAAACUUCAUCACGAUGCCUUCGGAGCUAACACCAGAAGAACGAUCGGAGCUGAAAGAAUCAAUCGCCGAGUUCCACACAUACAAACUCGGACCAGGGAGCUGCAGCUCACUCCACGCGCAACGAAUCCACGCGCCGCCGGAGCUCGUGUGGUCAAUCGUCAGGAGAUUCGACAAACCGCAAACCUACAAACACUUCAUCAAAUCCUGCUCCGUCGAACAGGGCUUCGAGAUGCGCGUCGGAUGCACGCGCGACGUGAUCGUGAUCAGCGGUUUGCCGGCGAACACUUCGACGGAGAGGCUAGACGUGCUCGACGACGAGAGGAAGGUCACGGGGUUCAGCAUCAUCGGAGGAGAGCACAGGCUCACGAAUUACAGAUCCGUCACGACGGUGCAUCGGUUCGAGAAGGAGGACCGGAUCUGGACGGUGGUUUUGGAGUCGUACGUCGUGGAUAUGCCGGAAGGGAACUCCGAGGACGAUACGCGUAUGUUUGCUGAUACGGUUGUCAAGCUUAAUUUGCAGAAACUAGCGACUGUUACUGAAGCUAUGGCUCGUAACUCCGGUGCCGGAAGUGCUUCUCAGGUGACGAAGACGACGACGUCGUGAUAUAAAAAGAAAUAAUAAAAAUUAUUUAUUUUUCUUUCUUUCUUUCUUUUUUUCAAAACAAAAAAAAAAUGUUAUUUAUUAUGUUGUUGCUUCAUAAAAAGAUUCUCUCUAUUUAAAAAAAAAAGCUUUGUCUAGAUGAUGAUGAUAGAAAUAUUAUUACUAUUUACAUA